AUGAAUUUGGACGAAGACAUGGCCGAGAUUGAGGAUCUUAGCGAUCUCAGCCAAAUCACAGACAUUACUCUUCGACAGAGAAAUACAACCUCAGGUUAUGAUAACUACACUACUUCAACUUUUCAGAACACCACGGGUGGAGACACUUCCAAGACUACUGUUUAUCUCGUUGUCGACACGAAUUUUAUCGUAUCGCAUCUUCGAUUAUUGAACGAUCUUCAGGCUUUACACACCUCAUAUAAUGAUACAUAUAGGAUAAUUAUUCCUAAGCAAGUGAUUCGAGAAUUGGAUGGCCUUAAAAAUGCCAAUAAGUAUGAAGGUGGUCUUGAAAUAGGCAAGUUGGCUCGAAUGGCUAUUGAUUGGUGCUAUAAGAAUAUGCAUGACAACGAUAUUAUAGUGAGAGGACAGAAACUUUAUGAAUGUUUGAAUAGAGACGUUGUUAAAGAUGAUGCUAUCUUGGACUGUUGUCUGUAUUUGAAGGUAAAUCAUUCUACAAGUCUCAUAAUAUUGAUGUCAAAUGACAAGAACCUCUGUGUGAAGGCCCUUACUAAUGAAGUUAUGACCAUUUCCUACAGAAAAGGAAUGACAGCAGAGUUGAUAGCGUCGAAAAUAGUAGAGGAAAGUGGAUUUCAGGGUCUCCAUCGACCUGUCAGAGAGAAUUUGAUAGACGACAAUUCCGAUUUGUUUGUUAGAGAAUCAACGCCAGGUGCAUAUGACGAUGAUGUGAUGUUGGUCGAUGAUGAGUCUGAGCAUGAGAUUAGGUCUGCUACUCAUCUUGAAGAACUAAGCUCUAGUAUCUAUGACCAAGCAAAGGUCUUGGUUUUAGAGGCGGUUGACUUUGCAGUGAAGAAAUCGUUUGGUGAUGAAAUAGACUUGAUAGGUUACGAUUCAUCUAAGGUCAAUAGUCUUAGGGAUGCCUGCUACACUAUUAAACAGCUUGGAAUUUCCACCUUUUCUGAAUAUUUCAACCGAUCUUCGUUUGAUCCAAUUAGGAGUCUCAAUAGUAGACAUCAGUUGAAGUUGUUGUCCUCGGUUCCAGUCACACUUGAAGAUCUCAAGCUUUUCAGAGAAUUCUGGGCCAGAUUCCUUACUGAAAUAUAUAAGAAAAGGGAACAGAAGUUGAAUAAUGAUCUCAAAUCCAUCCUCUCUUACUGGGAUCGAGCAGUCAACAGUAUAUAG